ACGACUCCACUUGUGGCACGCACAAACUCAAGAAUUCAAAGGAGCAGCAAGCACCGCAGCACCGGCGUCCAUGGCCUCCGCCGACCACCUCCGCGCCCUCGACCUCAAGGCGUUCGACGACACCAGGGCGGGCGUCAAGGGCCUCGCCGACGGGGGCGUCACCGCCGUCCCGUCCAUCUUCCACCACCCGCCCGAGUCCCUCCCCGACUCCGCGCCGCAACCUCACCGCUUCACCGUCCCGGUUAUCGACCUGUCCGCCGCGGGCACCACACGAGCCGCGGUGGUCGCGCAGGUGAAGGAGGCCGCGGAGACGGUGGGAUUCUUCCAGGUGGUGGGCCACGGCGUGCCGGAGGCGGCCACGGCGGCGAUGCUCGCCGCGGCGCGCGGCUUCUUCGAGCAGCCCGUGGAGUCCAAGGCGGCCUACUACACCCGCGACCUCGCCCGGCGCGUCCGGUACCAGAGCAACCUCAACCUGUUCAAGUCGCGGGCGGCCAACUGGCGCGACACGCUCUUCAUGGAGCUGCCGGCGCCCGAGGAGCUCCCGGCGGCGUGCAGGGGCGUCGCGCCGGAGUACGCGCGGCUGCUGCAGCAGGGGCUGGGCCGCACGCUGCUGGGGCUGCUGUCGGAGGCGCUGGGCCUCCGCCCCGGCCACCUCGAGGAGGAGCACGGGUGCCUCGACGGGGUCAGCCUCGCCUGCCACUACUACCCGGCCUGCCCGGAGCCGCAGCUCACCCUCGGCACCCCGCGGCACUCCGACGCCGACUUCCUCACCGUGCUCCUCCAGGACGCUGUCGGCGGCCUCCAGAUACUCGUGGACCUCGAGGACAAGGACGGCGGAGAACGGAAGCAGGCGGCGUGGGUGGACGUGCCGCCGGUGGCGGGCGCGCUGGUGGUGAACGUGGGGGACUUCCUGCAGAUCAUGUCCAACGGCAGGUUCAAGAGCGUGGAGCACCGCGUGGUGGCCAACGCCGUGGGGCCGCGGGUCUCCGUGGCGUGCUUCUUCCGGACGGACCGCACCGCCGCGUCGACGACGGUGCUGGAGCCGAUCGUCGUUGCCGACGGCGACGGCGGCGCGCGGUACGGCAGCACGACGGCGGAGGAGGUGGUCCAGCGGCACUACAAGGUCUCCUCUGCGCUCCAGCAGCAGCACUUCAGGCUCUGAAUCUCAUCAUCGGUCCAAGCCACCCAAAAUGUAUCUUUUUUUCUCUAUGAGUGCCAAUCACCCAGUUGCUAGCUGAUCCCAAAACAUUACAAUAAACUCAAGUUGACUCCUGAAGUUUGAAUUUUGGUUUUGAAUGGGUUU